AUGGACCGUCAAUGGGACGCUCGCUUCAACGUUCCAACGGAUGAAGAUUUAGGUACACUUUUGGCCAACGUCAAGGUGCUUAAUGAUCAACACAAGUUCCAAUACGUACUUGUUGGUGGCGUGGAAAUUGGAGAUCAACCUUUCCGUAAUGACUAUUUAAUUCGUCACGUGCACUGUUGUCUGGUAUACCCUAACAGGGUUAGUAAAUCCAGUGUUUUGAAACAACUUGGUAUUAAAGUGGGUCAUGGAUACUAUUUGGUUCCACGUACAAGAACUCUACCUGUGCAAGGAUGGAUUGACCAUCACAAGAAGGAGAAGACUAAAAUUAACAAGUGUUUCGUAUUAUUUGAAAGUGGAGUACCUCCAACGGAUACUGCUGGUGUUGUUGGUUUUCAAAAAAGAAGUGAACAUGAGAAGAAGAGGAAGUUGGAUGAAAUUAUCAUUGAAAUGAAGACUAUGAUAGAAGAAGGCCAUGAGAAGGAAGCGUUUGCCAAGUUUCCUAGGAACUUUCUUACGUAUGGAGAGAAACUAAAAGCAAUGAUCAAUCAAAAGAGAGAUUUCUUCAAAUCUAGCGGACACCCACAUAUUUGGAUUACCGGUCCACCUGGCAGUGGCAAGUCAGCAAUCUUACAAGUUAUCUAUCCGACGUAUUACAACAAGGAUCUUAACAAUCGGUUCUUCGAUCUCUACUCGCCAGAGUUUCAUACCCAUGUUCUCUUACAGGAUCUGGAUCACCAGACCAUUGAAAAGCUCGGUGUUCAAUUCAUCAAAACCUUGUGUGACGAAGCGGGAUUCCCUAUUGAUCAGAAGUACAAAACGCCUCAACUUACACGAACAACGGCACUUGUCUCGUCUAAUUUCGGAAUACAAGACGUUCUACCCGAAGACAUGCCUGGUCGAAAUGAAAAUCUUGCUGCGUUACGUCGACGGUUCUUCGAGGUUAAUGUUAGUGACUUUCUGCGACUGCUCGGACUCAAGCUGCUCUCGAAGUACGAAAUUACGGGACUAAAGCUUAAAGGUAACCUGGAUCCACGCAAGCUAUUCAUACAUUGGGACUACUUGCGCAACAUACCAACUGGUGAAGAAGUACCAAGUGAAGAUGUGCUUCAAAAACUAGUAAAAGAUGCAUAUUAUGGUGUUCAAACUAGUGUCACUGAGUAA